AUGUGUAGCGCGGGGAUGGAGGGGAUCGGGGGGAGGGAGGUGGCGAGGAGUAGGAGGGCGGUGGCGAUACCGGAGAGGGCGAAGGUGGUGGCGAUGAUGGCGGUGGUGAUGCUGCUCUGCAACGCCGACCGGGUGGUGAUGUCGGUGGCCGUCGUCCCCCUCGCCGCCAAGUACGGCUGGUCCAGCUCCUUCUUGGGCAUCGUCCAGUCGUCGUUCUUAUGGGGGUACGUGAUAUCGUCCGUUGCGGGAGGAGCGCUUGCAGACCGGUACGGAGGGAAGCGCGUCAUGGCGUGCGGCGCAACUGUUUGGUCUCUGGCCACCUUCCUCACCCCGUGGGCCGCCCAACACUCCACCGGCAUGCUGCUCGCCGUCCGCGCUCUCUUCGGCCUUGCAGAGGGCGUCGCCUUCCCCACCAUGAGCACCUUCUUACCUCGGUGGUUCCCUGCGCACGAACGUGCCACCGCAGUGGGCGUUUCAAUGGCCGGCUUUCAUCUUGGAAACGUCGUAAGCUUCCUCUCGACGCCGAUCAUAAUGUCUCACAUAGGGAUCAAUGGAACUUUCACUUUCUUCGCCUCCCUCGGCUUCGUAUGGCUGUGUGCAUGGCUUCUGGGGAUUUCAAAUGAUCCUCGGAGCAGCCCCCGUAUCAGCAAGGCCGAGCUGCAGCUAAUUCAAGCCGGAAGGACUGAAUCAAAAGCAGAAGCUCGUAACUUUCCAUCCAUAAGCCUUUUGCUAUCCAGAAUAGAGAUUUGGGCUAUCAUUCUAGCUAAUGUCGCCAACAAUUGGGGCUACUUUGUAUUGCUCUCAUGGAUGCCCGUCUACUUCAAAACAGUUUACAAUGUGAAUUUAAAGCAAGCCGCGUGGUUCAGCGCGAUACCGUGGGCUGUUAUGGCAUUCUCUGGCUAUGUUGCAGGAGCUUCUUCAGAUUUCCUGAUCAAAUCCGGUUUCCCUGUAGCUCGAGUUCGGAAAAUCAUGCAGUCUAUUGGUUUUAUGGGGCCGGGUGUAUCAUUGCUGUGCUUAAGAUUUGCAAAAACACCAUCAGUUGCGGCGGUUCUCAUGACCAUUGCCCUGAGCCUGAGUUCUUUCAGUCAAGCAGGAUAUUUCUGUAAUGUACAGGAUGUGGCCCCCAAAUAUGCUGGGUUUCUACAUGGUAUAACGAAUGGUGUGGGAACAGUGGCUGCCAUCAUAAGCACUAUAGGAACAGGUUAUUUUGUUCAGUGGUUGGGAUCUUUCCAGGCUUUUCUCACCCUCACUGCAGUUCUCUAUUUUAGCAUCACCAUUUUUUAUAACCUCUUCGCCACUGGAGAGCAAAUCUUUGUCUAGAGCUUUUCUAUGUAUUCAUUUUCAUUUUUUUUUGGUAAGAUUGCAUAAUUUGUCUUGCGAUCCCUCCACAAGAUCUGGUAAAUGGAGAUAAAUCUAUUCUCUCAGUA